AUGGACGUUGUACUGGACCCACGAAAAAUAGGCCGCGAGACCGAGCGCAGAGGAGAAGCCUCCGUGGCUUCUUCCCGGGAGCGCACGAGGUCCCCUCCAAGAAGAACCUCACGAUCUCUUGAAAGACGCCCCUUCAGGGGAACUGGCGACAACAGCGCCAGAAUAAUGCAAGAACUACGUCACAGGAUGCAGGACCUAGAGCACCGACUGGCAGACCGAGAACAUCACCAACAAACUCCCGAAUCAAGCAACUCCCGUUCCCCUCCGAGAAGCCACUCCCGGCGAACAGCUAGCCCAAGAUCUGAUCCCGAGAGCGCCAGGGAGGAAGGACGCACAAGGAGGCGCUGCGACCCCAUCAUCUAUGCCAGGCGCGGGAGAAGACACACCGCAGAUCGUGACCGGGAAGACGGUCACGGGAAGACGACGAAGGAAGAGCAAGGAGAACCCGCGGACCCGUCAUAA